AUGGGCGCCAAAACGUCUAAACCCGCCGAUGGCGAAAACGACGUCAUCCCACCGUGUGAGGGCGGACGAGCCGCGUACGAGCGCGCGCGAUCGAGCGAGAACACAGACACAAGUACCUGCCCGGUGCCAGAGGAGUACAGAGGAAACCUGGGAACGUACAACGUGUACAACACGAAAGUCUCCGAUCGAGCGGGAAGUGCUCCGUCCAAGGCGCAGGAAAAGAAGUCUUCGUGGUUCGGGUUCGGGGCGAGCGCGCUGGACCCGCGAAACAACAUGCCGAGCGAGCCAAAUCAGCGGCGCGCUCCGGGACAGCGGGAAAAACUGAGCGUAAACCGCGAGCCGAGCACGAUCCCGAAAAGCGGGAGCGACGGUGGGGUGUGGACGUACCCGUCGCCGCAGAUGUUCUACAACGCGCUCGUGCGAAAGAAUAAGGCGGAUGACGUGGAGGAGAGCGACAUGGAGAGCGUGGUCAUGGUGCACAACGCGAUGAACGAGGAUACGUGGAGACGCGUCGCGCAGUGGGAAAAGUUGCACGAGUACACCAAGGGUCGACCGAUGUUAUUGAGGUUUCGCGGGCGCCCGGACGAGCUCUCACCGCUCGCGUUGGCGCGGCUGAUGUUUGGCGGCGCGCGUCCGUUCGACAGGCACGACUGGUACGUCGACCGCGAGGGACGUGAGGUGCGAUACGUCAUCGAUUAUUACUUCAACGAAGAGAAAGCGGGAACGAGCGAGCAAUUCGACGUCGUCGUUCGCCCGGCGUUGGACACGCCCGAGGCGCUGUUGGAUCGGGUGAAGAUGUCGAUUUACGUCGCGUGCGCCAGACUCGGACUUCCGUGCCCGAUAAGUGGACACGGAGGCACGAUCGACGUCGAUCCGUGA